AUGGUCUUACUCAAAACAACCUUGGUUGCGUUAUUAGCUGCUCUCACCACUGCUACUCCAAUUGAAAAGAGAAGCGGAAAGUUUCUCGUUCAUCAACUUCAAGCUACUCAAGUUCCUGAGAUUAGCAAGAGAGAUGACCUGCUUGACUUCGAAGAUACCACUGUGAGAUACACAACUGAUUUGAAUAUCGGAUCAAGCAAGGAGUCUGUUAAGGUUAUGAUUGAUACUGGUAGCUGGAGGUUGAAUGUUCCUGGACCUGGAGCAAAAUGUCUUAGGUAUGCGCUGUGCCCAGCAGGUAGUGUUUUUCACCCUGACAAAUCAAACACCUUCCAUAACCUGACUAUUCAGUACAUUUCAACUUAUGGAAGUGGGGAAACAUCAGUGACAGGAUUCACAGUACAUGACAAUCUUUUCUUUGACAAUGGUGACGAGAUUCCACAAUUUGAGUUUGAGGUUGCCAAUAAAACAGAUUUUGAAAUGGGUUGGUUGGGUGUUAGAUACUCUUCCGAACCUGAUGCUAGCUACGUUGUUGCUGCUAAAAGAGCUGGCUUGGUGGACCAUGCUGGGUUCUCGUUGUACUUGGGACCAGAUGGCCAGACUGGAACCUUUAUUGUUGGUGGGGUUGAUAAAGCAAAGUAUGAAGGAGAGUUGGCGUUCUAUGACACCGAUUAUUUCUUUCAAGGUAAAUCUGUCACUACAGGAGAUGGAAAUGUCAUUCCAUUGACAAGACAAAUCGGUAUUGAUUCCGGUAACCCAAGAUUGGCGUUUGACCAAAACAUUGUUGAUGCUAUUAUCGAAGAAGUUGGUGCCGAUAAGAAUGGAAAUGUGCCAUGUGUCAACAUAUGGACCGGAAACAAGAACUUGACUUUGGAUCUUGGUGAGAUUACCAUAGAUGUGCCUUAUUCAGCUAUCUUUACAGAAAUUUCCAAUAAUCCAGGUUGGUGCCAUGGUCAACUUGAAAACACGGACAAGACUGGUAAUGAACAGUACCUCGGUCUUCCAUUUGUUAGACAAAUUUAUCUUACUCAAGAUUUCGAUACAAAAAGACUUGGUUUUGCACCGGUGAAGCACACCGAUGAGAGCAACAUCGUUGACUUUUGGUUUUAG